GUGUGCCGUCAGUGUCGGGAAAAGCACGCUUGGCAUCUGAAACAACUUCAGUCUUCACCGCAGCCAACUUCAGAGAAUAUUGCAGCUAAGAGCAACCCACCCCGUAAAAGGUUCCCUAUUCCACCUGCGAUGUUUAGCAGCCCUUCUGGUAUGAACAAUUCCUUAAUUAGUGAUGAAGAUUACAAACAACCACUUACACCAGCGAGUGCAAAAACUGCCUACAACCAGUAUGUGUACAAAUGACAUGAAGUGAGCCAUUUAGACAUCUAGAUUCUGUUCUGAUGAAAGAGUGGAAAGACUUGCAUCCUCGUACUAAACAUUAUUAUGCGUCGUUCGCUAAACAAGAAGUUAGACCAGUGUUGGAAUCAAUUGCCCCUGGCCAAGGUGACGAGCUUUGGAAUUACUUGAAAAACAGUUCAAUAACGGGUCUUGGCAACAGCGAUAACGACUGUGAUGAAGAUGAAGAAAUUUCCCCUAACACCUUCUCGGACAACACUUUACGAAAUCUUAUUGAUGCCUAUAACAAUGCACAGUCUUCAAAAUCGAGAAAAGAAAUUUUGUCAAUAUUUGCUCAAAAUUUUAAGAGAAAGCAGUUGAAAGACCUAAUUCCUGGUCUGACAGAUUUUCGUAUAAAGGAGGCUAGGAAGCAUUGUAAAGAACAUGGACCAGGCACUGCAGUGCCUACAGCUCCAGUUCACAGGUUCUUUCUCAGUGAAGACAAAGCUGACCACUUUUUAAGGUUCAUAACAAGCGACAUGAUUUCACAAGACACAGCAUACGGUACUUCCAAAAUGAAACUCGAAAGUGGAGUGGAAUUAGUGAUUCCAAAGCCAAUACGAAAAUUGAUCCCAUCUCGAAUCAUCGCACAGUACUUAACGAUUUGUGACGAAAGUGGUUUUAAACCGGCCAGUACAAGAACUUUGUUCAGAAUUCUUGAAGUCUGCCCAGCUUCGACAAGAAAAUCUCUUCAAGGUCUGGACAACUACACGGCAGACGGAUCAGAGGCAUUCGAAAAUUUAGAAGAAAUUAUCAGCAAGCUCUAUGACGGAGGGAUGCCCGAUAGUAAGGCUGACAGGCUGCGUUCAAUGGCCUUGUCCUGCAAACGUUACCUAAAGCAGGACUACAGCACACAUGUCGUGAACGAUUCAACGAGUGACAUUUCCUCUGCGUCUCCUGACCAUUGUCGAUUCUUUGCACUAAGUGACUCCAAGGAAGAACAAGUUAUGCAGAGCUGUUUACAUAGCCACUUAAUCGAGUGUGAUAGAUGCCAGGAACUACGUGAUCUAUUUCUCUCUUUAGAGGAGGAAAUAGGAAAGAUUUCUGAGCGGUGCCCCAUGGCUAGUGACGGCAUAUGUGAUCUUCGUUUCCUGAUGGAUGACAGUAAAGACAAGAUAGAACAAUGGAAAGCUCACAUUUUGAAAAGUGUGAAUCAAGAAGAGGGAAAGAAGGAAGUCCUCGAUAAGUUAGAACCUACUGAAGCCCUUUUGGUGGACGAUUGGGCGAUGAAAUUUUUGCCACUGCACUUCAGGGAAAAAUCAGCCGAGUUUUGUGGAAAGCGUGGUAUAAACUGGCACGUCACAGCAGUGAUAAGAAAAACGCCAGAAUCCUCUUUAUCAGUAGAAGUUUUUGUCCAUGUCUUCGACAGCUGCGAUCAGGACCAGAUCGCAGUGGCUUCAAUUACCCAGAACACACUGUCCACACUUAGAAAACUGUACCCAGAGCUAACAGGAGUUUAUUUUAGAUCAGACAAUGCCGGAUGUUAUCACGGAGGAUAUCUUUUGACUAGCCUCCCCAGUAUUGGUCAUGAAACUGGGAUCAGAGUCAUUGGCUAUGACUUCAGCGAAGUUCAACAUGGCAAAGACAUAUGUGAUCGAAAGACAGCAACAAUGAAGCAACAUGCAAGGCGCUUUGUGGCAGAGACGAAGACCGACAUUCUGACAGCGUGUGAUCUAAAAAAGGCCCUGGAAAGUAAUGGUGGAGUAAAGGGAUGCCGAGUAAGCGUUGUAGAAAUGCCACAGAGAUCCAAUUGACACAAACGUGAAAAUAAAAGGAAUUAGUCAGAUUCACAACAUUCGUUACGAAGAAGGUGGCAUACGCUUUUGGAAAGCAUUUGAUAUUGGAAAAGGAAAACGCGUGGUACAAGACAAUAUGCCGUCAGCUGAAAUUCCAAAGGUUAAGGUAGUACGGGCCUUUCCGGAAGCAUGCCUUUCCAGCGGAACAAUUGCAAGGAGUUCCAAACACAAUGAAGAGGAAAAGGCCACACCUACAGAUACUGAAAACGUUGAAAGUGAUGCAUUAUUUGAGUGCCCUACUGACGGGUGCACUUGCUCUUUUGAUUCUGAAACAGAGCUCCAAAGGCACCUGGAUGUCGGAAAUCACGUCCGUCGCUUACACAGAGAGUCUCAGUUUGACUACAUAAGGCGUCGCUAUGCUGAUUUGGUAAAUGACGAACUAUCAAAGCCACUUUUCGGGGCUAAUUAUCCAAGUGAGUCUGAGCAGAGUGGAAAGAGGGUUAGCAAUAUCACCAUGAGAUGGGCAUUAAAAAAGCACAAGUCUACACGUUUUUCUACAGCUGUUAAUGACAAAUUCCUUAUUGGCGAGGAAACGGGAAAUAAGGCAUCGCCAACUCAAGUUGCUCGGGAAAUGCACAGAGUACGAGAUGAUAAGGGUAAUCGUCUAUUUGUUGGAGGCACUGUCUCAGUUAUCAACAGAUUGCAGCAUACUUUUCUCGUCUUGCAGCAACAAAAAAAGAAACACGGUUCUUUAAACGCAGCUGCCAGUUCGGAGGAGGUAGAAGAAUGUUUGGCUGAAGAACAAAUGCAGGAACACGAAGAGGACAUUUCACUUAGAAAGAAGGUGGUAUUCAGCAAUCUGCAGUUGGAGCAUCCAAUCACCUACAAGUCCUACAACCUGUGCAAGUUAGCUGCAGACGGGAAAUUAACAAAGAAAUUUAGCAUUGCUGAUCUAAAAGACAUCUGUGACUCACUUGACAUUGAAACUGAGGACUUUAAGCGCCGUAAAGCUCCGUAUAAAGAUGUUUUAACAAAUGUGUUAAGCAGUUGUACUUGCAAUAAGAAGUAG